GAAUUCGACGACGACGAGAUUGAUUCCGUCGUUGGAGAGUACCGGGAGGGGCGGCAGCUAUACUACUUCGUGAAAUAUUCAGACGGAAUUGCAUACAAGCGCCUUGCAGUGAAGUUUAGAAUGCGACAUCCGGUCUUCGUUGAGCGAUAUGAACAAAAGAAGGCGAAAGGCACUCUUCUGCCCUUCGAUCCUUCCGCGACCUACGUUCAUUAUCAUUCACGGGUCCGUUUACCUGUCAAGCUCAAGGGCAAAGAGACUCGCCGCAGGCGGGAGCGCUCUAACUCUGACGAGCUGGCCAUGAGCAUACCGUCGGACGACUCCGAUGACAACGUCCGUCGUUCCAACGCGAAAAGAGUCACCCGCGCGGCUGCAGGGACAAGUACCAAUAACGCUCGACCCCUUCCAUUCAGUCCGAAGAAAAUGCCCUCUAUCAAGUCGUACUUCCUGCCCGACAGUGACGAAUUUGAUAGUACUGACAGUGAGGUGCAAGAGGUCCCUCAGCCUACGAGGCGGUCGACUCGCUCAAAGAAGACUGUCCGUACCAAUCUCGACGACAACGACUUCGUUGACGAUGCCGAUGGCGUAGAUAGUGACGAGUUUGAUGACGAAGACUCCUCAUACUCGAAGCCUAAGGCCCCGAAACAGAAGAAGAUUGUGCGAGGCAAGGCAUCGCGGCCUGCUUACGGUAGGUUCCGGGUGAUAGCGGACAUGGAACUGGAUGAGCAGGAAGACCCAGACACCGCUCCGCUCCGAGCACACAGGAAAACGUGCGAGAAAUGCCACAAGAAACCGGCCCAUCAAUUGUUGUUAGAUGCGCGGAAGCCAAAGAAGGGCAGGAAAAAGAAGAAGGGUUCUGAUGAAGAAGCCGAGGAUGAUGAACAGCGUCUGACCGCUCUCGGAGGUUGGGUUAGAUGCCUGAAAUGUCCUGUCGCUGCACAUUGGGGAUGCCUGGCAAAGACUCAGCGUGACGAGAUCCUCAAAGCAGCCCUCGACCGAGACAAGGCCGAGUGGCAAGCUGCUCAAACCGCGCAGAACCAACCGGGAGAAUCUGCUAACCCCGCGAAGGCACCUCUAGAGCCCAUGAAGCGUCCUAAUCUGACUCCCUAUCAAACAACGGAAUUCAUAUGUGGGUCUUGCAUGAAAGGUGGAGUCUGUAUGUCGUGCAGAGAAGUUGCGAUCAGGGCCGACGACGUGCUGCACCCGAAGCCGAAGCAGAAUGGCGUACCCGUAGGCCACACACCGGCUGAGCUGGUCUUCCGGUGUGUUACCUGCAAGCGCAUCGCGCAUUAUGCACAUCUACCUGUUCCUCCAGACCACGACGAUUCUCCAGAGGAUGUUUCUGCCGUCCAACUCGCCGAGCACUAUCAAGAAAACAAUCAUUGGCAGUGUGCCGAUUGCAUCUCGUAUGUCUACACAGUAGAUCAUAUCCUGGCAUGGCGACCAUAUCCCGAGAAUGCUGUCGAGCCAGUACGCGAAGCGGGAGAGCCUAUCAACCACAAGCAGAUGCUUCCCCGGGAGUACCUGAUCAAAUGGACCGACCGCAGUUAUCGUCGGACGUCAUGGGUGCCGCACGGUUGGUUGUUAGCCACGAACACUGCCAGAUUGAGGAACUUCCUGCAAUCCGGCAGUAAAGUCCCAUUGCUCCCGGAAGCACCGUCUGAAGGCCAGGUCGAGGGUGACGAGAGUGGUGCUAUCCCAUUCCUCGUCGGCGGAGAGACCGAGAACGAUGCAUCCGCGCAACUGCAGACCAACGAGUCGUCUGCGUUGCAACCCAACCCCGAUGCGGAACGCAAAAUUCCUCCAGCUUGGAAGACGACCGACCGAGUUUUGGACGUUCUAUUUUGGUAUCCUGAAAAGCGCGUGCACAACAAGUCCAAGAAGAAACACCAGCGCCGAAGCAACGCAAGGAGAGACGAGAGCGACGAAGAGGGAGACCCGGAAAAGGCUGCGGUCGAGAAGGAGCAUCAGGCUGUCUACACGGCAGGAGAACAGCCAAGCGACGAUUUGACCGAGACUAUCGAUAACUACACAGAUAGGACUCGACGCUCGUUACGGAUUGAUGAUAUUGACCGGGUCGUCUGGGUAUUCACGAAGUGGGAUGGCCUCGGGUACGAGGACGCUUCUUGGGAUUCUCCGCCCCUGCAGGGUGAGGCGGGCUACACAGCAUUCCAAAAUGCCUUUGAGCGUUUCGUCGCGGCUCAAGAACUGCACGUACCAAAACUAUCGAGUGCAGAGGCGAAAGCAUUCGAUGGUCGUCCUCAGAACGCCUGGCGGAAGAAGUGGGCAUUUACGGUUGAGGAGCAGCCACAAUUGGGACAAAGUCCGCAACUGAAGCUGAUGCCAUUCCAAGUCGAUGGUGUGAAUUGGCUGUGCGACAAUUGGUGGAACCAUCAGAACUGUAUCCUGGCAGACGAGAUGGGCCUGGGUAAAACUGUGCAAAUUGCUACCUUCAUAGGACAUACCGUGGGGCACCACCAAGCAAAUCCGGUUCUGGUAGUGGUACCGAACUCUACUAUAACCAAUUGGGUGCGAGAGUUUGAGCGCUGGGCACCGGAGUUGCGUGUCGUACCAUUCUAUGGAGAGGCUAAGGCUCGGGAUAUCAUCAAGCGUUAUGAGCUUUUCCACCAUCACCAGAAGCCAAGGACCACCGGAGCCAAGUUUCACGUCUUGGUCACGACCUAUGAAAUGAUCACUAAUCCAAGAGAGUUCACGCCAGUGUUUAAAAACACUCCACGAUGGGAGAUCCUGGUGGUUGAUGAAGGCCAAAGACUCAAGAGUGACGAUAGUAUGAUCUUUAAGAAGUUGAAGGAACUGAACACAAUACACCGCGUCAUCAUGACGGGCACGCCGCUGAACAACAACAUACGCGAGCUAUUUACCCUCAUGAACUUUCUCGAUCCCGGUGGGUGGUCCGACCUGGAUGCUCUAGCUAAAGAGUACGAGGAGUUGUCGGAGGAUACUAUCAAGGAGCUACAUGCUAGGCUGAAACCGUAUUUCUUGCGACGCAUCAAGUCCGAAGUCCUUCAAUUACCACCGAAGAAUGAAGUCAUCGUCCCAGUCAGCAUGUCACCCCUGCAGAGAGAAGUCUACAGGUCGAUCCUAAGCCAAAAUCUGGGUAUUCUGCGUAACCUCGUGGAGCGAUCCGUGGGCAGUAGUGUCAGCGCGGCCGUCAGUAAGAGCAAUAUGAACAAUAUCUUGAUGCAACUCCGCAAAUGCUUGCAACACCCGUAUCUGGUCUCAGAGGAGAUUGAGCCGAAAGGCCUAUCGAACGAAGAGGCUCAUGCGAAACUCAUUGAUGCAAGUUCCAAAAUUGGCUUGUUGAAGUCCUUGUUGCCCAAACUACGCGAGCGUGGGCACCGAGUGUUACUGUUCAGCCAGUUCGCUAUCGCGCUGAAUAUCAUCGAAGAUUUCCUGAUUGGUGAAGGCGACAAAUAUCUGCGACUGGAUGGUAGCACGAAACAAGCUGACAGGCAGAAGGGCAUGGACGAGUUCAACAAGCCUGGAUCCGACGUCUUCAUUUACCUCCUGACGACAAGAGCCGGUGGCGUUGGUAUCAACUUGUGGACUGCCGACACAGUGAUCAUCUUUGAUCCGGACUUUAAUCCUCACCAGCUUGAUCUGAUCAUGUCACAGGCGAUUGCUCGUGCUCAUCGCUAUGGCCAGAAGAAGACAUGUCUCGUGUUCAAGCUGAUGGUCAAGGGCUCUGCGGAAGACAAGAUCAUGCAGACAGGGAAGAAGAAACUCGUCCUAGAUCACCUCAUUGUGCAGAAAAUGGAUGAUGAGGAGGGCUCAAAAGAAGAUGUGCAGUCGAUUCUGAUGUUCGGUGCUCAAGCACUAUUCGAAGACGAGCAAGACGUAGAAAAACGCCAGAUUCAUUACUCCGACCAUGACAUAGACAAGCUGAUAGAGAGAACGGAAAAAGAGGGCGACGAGGUCGAAUCUACAUCGGCGUCUGGUAAUACAUUCUCGUUUGCCAAAGUGUGGUCAGCGGACAAGGACUCGCUCGAAGAGAUUCCAGAGGAAGGACCGGACACUGCUGACCAAGUUGACUCAUGGGCGCAGACUCUGGAGCGCAUUGCUGCGGAACGCACGAAGGUCCAAGCUCAAGAGACCACGGGUCGGGGAGCGAGACGUCGUGCUGCAGCAGUAUUCCCACAGAGCCAAACCCAGGACAAGCCGAAACGAAGGGGCAGGAAGAAACAGUCGAAGUCGCAGGUGUCAGAUGACUCGGAUGUCUAUGCUGGGCCUGAAUCUGGAGCAUCCGAUUCUGAAGGCUCAAGUACUGGCCAUGCUACUUCUAUGCUUGCAGAAGACCUUGCCACAAUCGCACCCGCCAUGUCCUCUUCCCCGAAGGCGCAGUCCACUAAGAUAGCGGUCGGCCGACCACGUUCCCCAAAGCCGUCUUCCUCGAAACGCUUCAGUCCGUCUUCGGCAAAUACUUUGAAGAACCUCCCUCAGCCUUUUUCUCCUAUUCUCAACACGGUAGAUCCACCAUGCGGGCUUUGUGGUGGCCAGCACGGGGGUGAACAAUGCUACAUGACAAAUAGCCCUGAGAACCUUGCCGAGUACCGCUUGAUGCUGAUCUUACAUGCCGGGGAUGAGCCGUUGGAAGAUCGUCGUGCCGCGAUUCAAGCUAUUGAUGAGGCGUUAUACAAACGGGGCAUGAUACACCUCAUCUACGGUCAACCUCUCCAUCUCGUUGAACAUCCUCCCAAAGACCAGGAU